AAGUAUAAGGAUGACUCCAAAUGCUGAGGAGUCCAUCAGGUGUGGUGCGUCCUCCUGCAGCUGUGCAUCAUUUAAACCCGGAAAGGUCCAGCUCCGGUUCUGUGAUCUCUGCGGACACAGCUGGGUAGAACAUGCUUUGGAGAAGUUCCAGGCCCCUCCAGCCUCCAGCUCUUGCCCAGUGGAAGUGGCCCUUCCCGGGCUGGUGUUUGACCUGAGCUCCAUGGUGCUGUUCGGAGCUCAGGCAAUUCCUGUUCAGCUGAAGAUCUUACUGGACCGCCUCUACAGCGUCCUGUCCCCAGAACAGGUGGGUCAGAUCCUGAACAGUCUGGGCUGGAGUUUGGCCGAUUAUGUCCGGGGGUACAUGCUGCAGACUCCCAGUGGGAAAGUGUUGGACCGCUGGUGCAUGGCCACUCCUAAAGAAGAGCUGCUUGCUCUUGGACAGUUCCUUCGCUUUGGAGAGACUCGCCCUAUUGUGGAGUUAAUGAUGCUUCAGUACCCAGAAGGUGAAAAACUCCUCUCCUAUCAGGAGUCAAAAACCCCAGUUAAAAAUUUCCAGUCAGAUAUUCUACCGAAUAAAGUCUCAUCAGUGUUAAAAAGUUGUUCACUGGUCAAAGGAAAAGAUACUUCAGAGUGCCAUGGAGAUGUCCAAGCAGGACAGUCAUUGCUCUUACCUUUCCAUUUUCCACAGUCAACUAUCUACUGUUCAACCAAGGACACACAUACUACGUCUGACUUACAAAACAUCCUGCAAGAUUUUGGUGGGAAUAAAAUGCUUCAGAAACAGGACUGUAAAAGUUGUGGAUGUGAGGAAGAUGACGAGUUGGUCCUGAAGAGUACCGCACAGGAAUCGGUUUUAUCGACAAAAACAGGCAGAGACAAGUCAAACCCAUCCUUGUGGCACGAGAACCCUAUCUUCCAUCACAAUGAGGUUUUCCUUCACGAACGACUGAUCCAGCAGGAGAAAACGGCUUCCCUUCCUUCACCUUUCAAUUUUUCAUUUUUACCUUCUUCUUUACUAUAUCCCCCACACCACCCUUGCUCUUCAACACACCUACAUCAUCCUCAGAAAUCCCAAACUCUUCCCUCUUUCUCAACUUCUUUCCUUAGACCGCUUCAUUAUUCCUCCUUUUCUCCCCCUCUCCUUCAGUUUAAAUCGCAAAGUUCUUCACUCCAUCCUCUCCCAUCUUCCUUUGACACUUUUCCUUCCCUGCCCCCUGCUGGAGGUCGGAAGGGAAGGGUCAGCUGUGGUGUCUGUGGGAAAAGCUUCUAUGACAAAGGAACACUGAAGAUCCACUACAAUGCUGUCCACCUAAAGAUUAAACAUCGCUGCACUGUGAUGGGCUGCACCAUGGUGUUCAGUUCGCUGCGCAGCCGGAAUAGACACAGUGCCAACCCAAACCCACGGUUACACACAGGUGGGAGCAGAGAGGCCAAGCUUUACCGUGACACACCAUUUGGAAGGGGGAACAUUCCGAACGAAACACAGCUAUAUGAUGUAAAGCAGGAAAUACAAACACUGCUGCAUGGAAACAGUAUGAAGAAUGACAUAAAUGUGCACCAUGAAGCCAUCUCGCCCACCCCUCACGCGCCAUCUUCAGGACGCUUACCUUCCUCUUGUAUAAAUCUGUUAACAAGUCAGCAGUGUUGGCAGCAUCCUCAUCCCCUUAACCCAAAGAAGAAGUCCAGGAAGUCCAGCAUGCCAGUAAAAAUAGAAACUGUUCAAAGCAGCAAACACAAAGAAGAGAACUGA